AUGUAUGAGAAACGAUAUUAUGUAAGCGUUGCGUAUGCCGACAAUCAUAUCUACGCAUUGGGCGGUCAUAAUGGUGAAAAUCAAGGCCGCUUGGACUCAGCAGAACGUUACACGUUGCAUGAAAAUCUAUGGCAGACAAUAGCAUCAAUGAAUCGUGUACGUAGUGAUGCAGCAGCAGCAGAGCUGGGCGGGAAAGUUUAUGUUGCUGGCGGGUUUGAAGGUAGACGAUAUCAUGACUCGGCUGAAUAUUAUGAACCACAAACAAACCAGUGGACAUUAGUUAGUCGAAUGAAUUCACCUCGCGGUGGAAUAUCCCUUGCUCAACAUAAUGGUUACCUUUAUGCUAUUGGUGGAAAUGAUGGAAACAGCCGAUUGAGAACAAUUGAACGAUAUGAUCCAAUUGAGAGUAGAUGGGAGAUUGUUGGACAAAUGAAUCGGCGUAAGAGUAAUCUGUCAUCAACUGUUGUCAAUGAUGAAAUUUACAUAUUAGGUGGAUGGUCAGAUGAACCAGAGGCUGGUAUAUUGGAUCUGGUGGAAUGUUUUGAUACAGUUAGUCGUGAAUGUCGAAUUGUUAGACCAUUGACAUUUCCAGCAAGUGCAACAUGUGCAUGUACAUUGAAAGAUCGGAAUUUGGUGAAAAAGUAUAUACGACCAUUGCCUAUUCCAUCUACUCACUUUUCAGGACAACCAACACCGUCUGAUCAAAACCUGCCUGUGAAUACAACAGCGCCAGCAUUUCAUGAAAAUAAUUAUGGGACUGCAAAUUUUUUCACUGGUCAACGUAAUACAAAUAAUCGUCAAGUUAAUCAGGCUAAUAAUGUAACACAGAACUGUUCUUCAAUGCGAUCACAAACAAUGACAGUAGACCCUACUGCUACUGCAACAAUGAUGGCUUGUUGCUCACACCUUCGUAAUGAUAAUGACCCCAUUUCCCCCUUGCAACAGUCAACAUCGAAUCAGACAGCUGCAGCGACAGGAGGUGGUGAUGAUAACAGAAUGAGAAUGAAUGAGAAUCAAAAUGAGUUAUUACUCAUGCCGACAACUAGUUCAAUGAUUGUUAUUCAUGGUGAUAUCAAUAUUAAUGAUAGUAAUAAUAAUAGUAACAAUUUAACGCAUAAUAAUAAUAGUAAUACUACGGAACAAAAUCGAACUGUACAACAACAGCGACGACAACAGCAGCAGCAGCAAGAUAAUUCUACCGCCUUACCAACAAACAGUCAAAGAACUCAGUCACCAUGGAGGAAACCUACACGACGAAAUUGUAAACGGAAAAGUACUAAAUGA